UAAAAAUAUUCAGGAGAGGCCCUCUCUUCACCUUGUCACCUUCAUUUUUAUAAGUCUCAAGUUAGAAUUUUUUGGCCUCGGAUUAGUAGAUCGACACACUUACGCCCUUACACACAUACACAAACUUUUCUCAGCUUUAAAUAAAUCCAAACACAGCUUACAUUUGGGACAGUGAAUGUAUCCAUGGCAUUCGAGUAGUACGUGCAGGCGUGUGUGUACGUAUGUAUGUGUUGUGCAUGCUGCACAGUUGCAAAUGUUUGUCUUCACUGGCCAAAGCAGUAGCAAGUUGGUGCUUUCUGGAACCAUACAGUUAAAGGCUUAGUGCCAUCCUUCUUUCCUUGCCGCUCAUGUUUGGCUUCUGUAAGUUCACAAUUUAUUUUAAUUCAUCUCUUUUAACAGUAACAACCCCCCCACCCCACCCCACCCCAUCCUUUUAAAUACAGAGUGUUCCAUUUAAAUUGGGCAGAGGCUUGCCUGUGUGUGUGUGUAUGUGUGUGUGUUUAGUGGGACUGGGACCUGAUAAGGCAAGGGUAGCUUUCAAAGGCUAAGGAGAGCUCUCCCUGACCCCCGCCUCCCCCUUCCCAGUUUGGUAGCCUUAUUGUGCGAUUCCGGACUGGCAAAUAAAGGGGAGGUUUAGCUGGAUGGUAUUUUGCAACCGCAACAACUUUGAGCACUGACUGGGCUCAAGAGGACUCAGAAUGUCUCACUGGGUCUCUGGAAAGACGAAGCGGGAACAUUUUGCAGCGGUUCAGCGAGGAAGGAUGCCUCCGAGCCAGCCGAACCCGGGCCAGUACGCGCUGACCAACGGCGAUCCGCUGAACGGCCACUGCUACCUGUCGGGCUACAUCUCGCUGCUGCUGCGAGCCGAGCCUUACCCGACGUCGCGCUAUGGCAGCCAGUGCAUGCAGCCCAACAACAUCAUGGGCAUCGAGAACAUCUGCGAGCUGGCGGCGCGGCUGCUCUUCAGCGCCGUCGAGUGGGCCCGCAACAUCCCCUUCUUCCCAGACCUGCAGAUCACCGACCAGGUGGCCCUGUUGCGCCUCACCUGGAGCGAGCUCUUCGUCCUCAAUGCCGCCCAGUGCUCCAUGCCGCUGCACGUGGCCCCGCUCCUGGCCGCCGCCGGACUCCACGCCUCGCCCAUGUCCGCCGACCGUGUGGUGGCCUUCAUGGACCACAUCCGCAUCUUCCAGGAGCAGGUGGAGAAGCUCAAGGCCCUGCACGUCGAUUCCGCCGAAUACAGCUGCCUCAAAGCCAUCGUCCUCUUCACCUCAGAUGCCUGUGGCCUGUCGGACGCGGCGCACAUUGAGAGCCUGCAGGAGAAAUCGCAGUGCGCCCUGGAGGAAUACGUGCGCAGCCAAUACCCCAACCAGCCCAGCCGCUUCGGCAAGCUGCUCCUCCGGCUGCCUUCCCUGCGCACCGUCUCCUCGUCGGUCAUCGAGCAGCUCUUCUUCGUCCGCUUGGUAGGUAAAACCCCCAUCGAGACGCUCAUCCGAGACAUGCUGCUCUCCGGCAGCAGCUUCAACUGGCCUUACAUGUCGAUCCAGUGUUCCUAGAGCAGUCCCUGGCCUCCCCCCCACCAGCCCCGCUUAGCGACCCGCCACGGGCCUUGCGGCUGAGCGGCCAGAAAAAGGGGGGGUCCCGAGGAGAGAGAGAAAGAGAGCAAAGAAAGGGACCCAAAACGCCCCACUUCCCCACGGCCGGGAGCCCGGAGACCUCGUCUUGAAGGAAAGACUGGCGGAGGCUGGCAACUCCAGCGCGGCGGCGGUGGCCAAAAAAGGGGGCAGCUCGCCUGUGUUGGAACCAACGGCGACCCCGAGGUGGGAGACUUUUUAAAACGAAGGAACAAAAAAAAAAAAGCAAAGACCGAAGGGAUUUUUCUCAUUGUACUGCCCGCCCGCCUACCCCCCUCCGAGAAAGAGAGGAAAGAGGAAGAGGAGGAAGAGGAUGAGAUGGAUUUUCCUGGAUUGAUCACGGACCGAAAUGGGGAUCAAGUGUACAGCAAACCCAGUUUUCGGAAAGGAAACUGAAGCCGAACUGAACCGAGGGGGAGGGGGAACGGGAGGGGGACCCACGGGGAAACACUGACCACGAACAUUGCUCUUCAUUUUGUAAAAUAUUAGUCUUUAUUUUCACUUUUUUUGUAAAAUUUAAAAACAUCGUUAUGCGCAUAAAAAGGAGAGAAGAUAAACCAACACAAGAAACAAAAAUCUAGGGAAGGGGAAAUAACGUUUUCCAAAUAAUUAUUAAAAAAAACAAGGAAUUGUUCUGUGUGUAUGUAUCUAUAUCUGUUUUGUAUUUUUUUCUGGUUCCAAACCAGGCUUCCUGUGAUUCUAUACUAAUAAUUUUUGAUAUAACCCUUUGCUUCUUAUAAUGAGUGCGAUAUAUGUUGUUGAAGCUGUUCUUCAAGAAUUAAAAAAUUGAAGUGAGAA